AUGAUUCUACCGAAAGAUAAAGACCAUUCACCAUCACCUUCACCAUCACCCUCUUCGGCAAGAUCGUUGAGGAAAAUAGGUUCUAAGAUACUCUUAACUUCCAAAAGCACGACUGAUUUCUUUUCAUUGGGUAAGAGAUCACAGUCGAAGAAAAAACCCUUGGGCACACCUAUAACCACACCUCCAAGUGCCAAUACAACCUACAACAACCAUGUAACACCAGCUUCACCUAUCUCUAAUCCAACGUCGCGUACUUCUUCACAAUUACAUUCUGCCAAGAGGACACUAUCUAUAAAGAGUAAUUCUAAUCAUCAUCCGAUCAACUCGAUACCUAAUUUCAAUAAAAAACCAUAUAGUACUGCCACAAGUCUUCACAGUGAUCCUCCUUUGGUAUAUAAUCCAUAUGGGAUCAAUUCUACUAUGAAACAAUAUUCACUUUCUUCUUCAACAAACAAUUCCACAAAGGACUUUAGUUACUAUUUACACGAUGGGAACUCCAAUGUUCGCACUUUACCUACACCGGUAAAAAACCCAAACGAUUUCUUACCUGAUGAAUUAAAACAAUCAUCUAUUCAAUUAUUUGAUAAUUUUUUAUUUGAUGACGAUAAGAAACAAUUAGGUGAAGGUGGAUCCUCUGUGGUACAAGUAGUAAGAUCAGCAUAUAAGAAAAAAGAUUUAUAUGCCUUAAAAAAAUUAAAUUUGAUUUACAAUGAAACUCCAGAGAAAUUUUAUUCACGUUGCUCUAAAGAAUUUAUCAUAGCUAAAAGGUUAAGUCAUAACAUUCAUAUUGCAAAUACUUAUUAUUUAUUAAAAUUACCAAGUGCUACAUAUAGUACUCGUGGUUGGGGUUUUAUAAUGGAAUUAUGUUGCGGCGAUCUUUUCCAAUUGAUUGAAAGAUCAGGUUGGAAGAAUGUAUCAUUAAGUGAAAAAUAUUGUUUAUUUAAACAAAUAGCCCAAGGUGUUAGGUUUUGUCAUCAACAAGGCAUUGCACAUCGUGAUUUAAAGCCUGAAAAUGUAUUAAUGACUCCACAGGGUGUUUGUAAAUUAACUGAUUUCGGUAUUUCCGAUUAUUUCCAUGAAUCUCCAGAUGAUCUUACUUCAAAUGAAAAGACAUGCCAGGGAAUGAUUGGCUCACCACCUUAUGCACCUCCUGAAGUUAUGUAUUAUGAUUCCAAGAAACAAUAUAACCAAGAAUUGCAAGUUCCUUAUAAACCAAGAGGUCUUGAUAUGUAUGCACUGGGGAUUAUUUUAAUCACAAUGGUUAAUAACAUAAUUCCAUUUUUCGAAUCUUGUGAUAAAGACAAUCGCUAUAGAAACUUCAUUAGUUGUUAUGAAGAUUUUAUGCGAUAUUCUAAUAAGAAUUUCAAAGAAGCAGGUAAUUAUAAACCAGGUCCAGGUAGUGAAUAUCCAAUAGCAAGAAAUUUUAGAGGCGAUUCUGAUGCUACAAGAGUGACUUGGAGAUUGAUGGAUCCAAAUCCAAAAACAAGAUAUACUAUGGAUCAAUUGUUUGAAGAUCCAUGGUUUGAUGCCAUUGAAACAUGUGUUCAUUUAGAUGAUGAAAUAUCGAUUAAAUUUCCAGAGAUUAGAAAAUCAACUCAAGCUGAUGGAAGUGUAGAGUCUUUAAUUAAAAGUGGUCUUCAUGUGGAAAAUGAUGAUUUAAAUCAUCCAGUAAGACCUAAAUUGAAAUCAAUGUUGGAUGUUGUUUCCAAAUCCACUCAAAGUAAUGCUUCUACACAAAGUAAUAAGUCGUUACAAUCUGGUAAAUCAGAUGAACAAUCUGUAAAUGAAUCAAUAAACAGUUCAUCAGGUAUUCGUGGAACUCGUCCAAAUAUUAAAGAUACUGAUGUUACAGAAAAAACGGAUCAUGAGAAGGAAGAAAGAGAUUUUGGUAAUACCACUAUGGAUUCUGGCCUAUUCACUUUGGACGAAGACGCUCAAGGUGAAGUCCAAGAAAUGACAAAAGACACUAUGCAAGAUACUAUACAAGACUCUAUGAAGGAUACAAAAGAUAUUAUACAAAAUACUAUGCAAGAUACACAAGACACUAUGAAAGAUACUAUGCAAGAUACAAAGGACAUUACAGAGAAUGCAACUGGCACUACGGAGGAUGUAAAAGAUACUUUGAAAGAUACUAAAGAAACUACAACAGAUGCAUCCGUUGACGCCAAAGAAAACGAAAAGAAGGCAGAAACAGUAACAGCCACUGUAGAUGCAAAUUUAGGCUUAUGUAUCCCUUCAGCGGCCACUAAAGUGAUAUCAUCACAAAAUUUAACAUCCAGACCAAGCGUAACUUCGUUUGAAAGUAAUACUACCACCAGCUUCAACACUGCUAAAACACGUAUGAACACCAACGCAACUCUUAACCGCGGAGGCAGCAUCAAGAGCAACUCUAGCGGACUCAACAGCACAAAGAAGAAGAAGAAGCGCGUGGUACACAACCACAUGGGAACUGUUCAAAGCUACAGUAGCCCCAGUGUAUCGUUAAGUAACACUCCAUUGUUCAGUUCACGAGGCAUGUAA